AUGUCCGCUUCCAAUCAUCAACAAGCUGAAUCGGUUACUAUUACUUUACCAAAUGGCUUGACUUAUCAACAACCAACUGGUUUAUUCAUCAACAAUGAAUUCAUUCAAGCCUCGACCGGUAAGACUGUCGAAGUUACAAAUCCGGCCACCGAAGAAGUCAUCACUUCUGUCUCUUCAGGGUCAAGGGAUGAUGUUGAGUAUGCUGUCAAAUCUGCUGAGCAUGCUUUCACCAAGACUAAUUGGGCCACUCAGGAUCCAAAGGAAAGAUCUAGAAUUUUGCGUAAAUUGGCCGAUUUAGUGGAAGAGAAUGUCGAAUUGAUGGCAUCAAUUGAAACUGUGGAUAACGGUAAAUCUGUAGCCUUGUCCAGAGGUGAUAUUGGGCUAAUGGUUGACUGUUUAAGAGACGCUGCUUCAUAUGCCGAUAAAGUCAACGGCAGAACUAUCGACUCUGGCGAUGGAUAUAUGAAUUUCACCAUCAAGCAAGCAAUUGGUGUUUGUGGUCAAAUCAUCCCGUGGAAUUUCCCUACUAUGAUGCUAGCCUGGAAGAUUGCUCCAGCUUUGGCAAUGGGUAACGUUUCCAUACUGAAACCAGCAUCUGCUACUCCUUUAACUGCUUUAUUUUUCGCCAACUUGUGUAAGCAAGCAGGUGUUCCAGCAGGUGUUGUCAACAUCAUUCCAGGUUCUGGUAGAGAGGUUGGUAAUGCCAUUACUGAACAUCCAAAAAUCAGAAAACUUGCCUUCACCGGUUCCACCGAUGUUGGUAAGGGUAUUGCGGUUAAUUCAUCGACUACAAACUUAAAGAAAAUCACACUAGAAUUGGGUGGUAAAUCUGCCCAUAUGGUGUUUGACGAUGUUAACCUCGAAAAGACCAUUCCAAAUCUGAUUAACGGUAUCUUUAGAAAUUCUGGUCAAAUGUGUUCUGCUGGUUCUAGAAUUUAUAUCCAAGAAGGUAUCUACGACAAGGUGAUGGCUGCAUUCAAGGAAGUAACAGAAAAGAUUAAAGUUGGAAAUCCAUUUGACGAGUCCAACUUCCAAGGUGCUAUUUCUAACAAGGAUCAAUUCGAAACCAUCAUAAAAUAUAUCGAGAUUGGUAAGGAAGAGGGUGCCAAAAUAUUGACUGGUGGUACCAGAGUGGGUAACAGAGGGUUCUUCAUCAGACCAACCAUAUUUUAUGAUGUAAAGCAAGACAUGAGAAUCGUAAAGGAAGAAAUUUUUGGCCCGGUUGUUGUAAUUUCGAAAUUCAAGAACAUCGAAGACGGUGUUGCGAUGGCCAACGACUCGGAGUUUGGCCUUGGAGCCGGUAUUGAAACUGAAAACUUGAGCACUGCAUUAAAGGUGGCCAAGAUGUUACAAUCUGGUACCGUUUGGAUCAACACAUACAAUGACUUUGAUUCCAGAGUUCCAUUUGGCGGUGUCAAGCAAUCUGGUUACGGCAGAGAGAUGGGUUCUGAAGUUUACGAUAACUACACAGAGAUCAAAGCUGUCAGAAUCAAGUUGUAA